AUGGAAGAUACCGAGGAGGGCAAUGUACUUCAGGAUGUAUCCAACGUCCAGGAUACAUCCGACACUCGCGAUGUCCCUGAUGGUGACGAAAACCCGGCUGACACGAGUAACGUGGAAGCGCGCAAGGGUGCCUGGCGGGACCCUACUCCCUUCAACUAUGACAGCUAUGGUGAUAAGGAAAAUCAAGACUGGGCUGGUGCGGCUGUUCGUUACGAAUGGAAAGAGGAGUUUGGAGAUGUCGGCCCUCGCAAUGAAGAGCUGGAAAAGCAACUCUUCGAGGGUGAUCUCAUUCCCCGUGCAGGCAUGCGCCUUAAAGAGUUGAACAACCCCCCUCUCGUCACCUGUGAGAGUGUGGAGGAUAUUGAUGCUGUAGCGGAGUGGGACGACGCCGGGCUUCAUCCCGUCAUGAGAGACAAUGUCAAGCUGUGUCUCUAUGAUAAGCCAACCACUAUCCAGUCUUUCACUCUGCCAGCUGUUCACCGGGGAAAGGACGUAAUUGGAAUUGCUCAGACAGGUUCCGGCAAGACUGGUGCUUUCUUGAUUCCCAUUCUAUCCAAGUUGAUGGGAAAGGCCAAGAAGUUGGCUGCGGCACGGCCUAAUCCAAACGAUGAAGCUCAAGCAGCCGUUAGGGCCGAGCCUCUAGUGCUUGUAGUCUGCCCAACCCGUGAGUUGGCAACUCAAAUUUUUGACGAGGCACGACGUCUGUGCUAUCGCUCUAUGCUUCGACCUUGUGUUGCUUAUGGUGGCGCUCCUCCGCGCUUUCAACGAGAAGAGCUGCAGAAAGGAUGCGACAUUCUGAUCGGAACUCCUGGUCGCAUCAUUGAUUUUAUGGGACAACCUCAUCUCCUGUCACUUCGGCGCGUGAAGUACACCGUUAUUGAUGAAGCCGAUGAGCUUCUGGAUUCAGACUGGGAGGAAGACUUCAAGAAAAUCAUGUCCGGAGGAGAUAUGAAUGAGGACGACGACCAUCGCUACUUGAUGUUCUCAGCCACGUUUAACAAAGAAUGCCGCAAGCUUGCGCGUACUUACCUUGCCGGCGACCACAUUCGUGUUCGUAUCGGUCGGCCAGGCAGUUCUCACUUAAACGUGCAGCAUGAUAUUCAUUACAUUGACGAUGGUAUGAAGAAACAGGCACUCUAUGAUCUUCUUUUGAGCAUGGUGCCCAUCCGCACUUUGAUCUUUGUCAACAGACAAGACCAGGUCGACUUUGUGGAUGAUUUUCUUUAUAACAAAGGGCUGCCAAGUACCUCCAUUCAUGGAGGACGAACUCAGCGUGAACGUGAAGAUGCGAUCCGUGCAUUCCGGUCCGCACAAUGUCCCAUUAUGGUUGCUACGGGCCUCUCUGCCCGAGGCUUAGAUAUCGUGAAUGUGAUGCAUGUGAUCAAUUUUGAUUUGCCCAAAGCUUCACAUGGUGGCAUCACCGAAUACAUUCAUAGAAUCGGCCGCACUGCUCGCAUUGGAAAUGAAGGAAUUGCAACUUCUUUCUACAAUGAUCGCGAUGAGGAGAUCGCUUCUAAUCUUGUGAAGGUUUUGUUGGAGUGCAACCAGAAGAUUCCGGAUUUUCUUGAGGGCUACCGACCUUCUGAAGGUGAUCUCACGUUUGAUGACGACACCGACAAAGACGAUGACUCCGAUAACGAGGAAAACGCCGGCCAGAAUGACGACCAAAAUGCCGGAGAUGACGGUUGGGAUGCCUUUAAGGUCAGCGACAAUGCUGAUGAGCAGGAUGCUGGUGACUUGAUCGAUUCGGAGUGGGCCCCCAAGGAGGACAAUGGGCCAGAAGAUAGGACUGCUGGCCCGGCAUGCUAG